GAAAAGAAAAAACAACUCUGGAAGGGGAGGUGGGGGGGGGGAGGGAAGAAAAAGUCCUGAACUUGCUGUCUUAAUGUUCAGCCCAAUUAAUUGAGCUCUAAAAGAGCCACCUCAUGUGUCAUGCAUACAUUAGAGCCUCUGAUGAAUUUGUCUUUGGGGACUCUGGGGCUGCUCUACCCAGUGUCAUCACAAAUUACCAGGAGAAAUUGCUUCCAGCUCACAAUCACAUCUGCUUUUGGCAAGAACUAAUGCACCAAGACUUCAAGUUCCAAGCCUCUGUUCAGAUUUUAAUUGCAAUUGAUCAGGUUUAUAUUAUUGUUCCUCAAGAGACUGCAUACAGCCAGAACUGGGCUUGCUCUUUCCUUUAGAGCAGGGUGUGCGAUUGUUUGGUAUUUUGAUGGAAGUACUUUUCUGAUGGCAGAAUAUAGUUUCUCUGGGUUCAUCAGGACGGGAUGCUUCAAGAUUUAAGCGCAAGUGUCUUCUUCCCACCUUGCUCACAACACAGAACAUUAGCUCAGGUACCUGACAACGAUGAGCAGUUUGUGCCAGACUACCAGGCUGAAAGUCUGGCUUUUCAUGGUCUCCCAGUGAAAAUCAAGAAGGAACCCCACAGUCCAUGUUCUGAGCUCGGCUCUGCUUGCAGUCAAGAACAGCCAUUCAAGUUCAGUUAUGGGGAAAAGUGCCUGUACAAUGUCAGUGCCUAUGAUCAGAAGCCACGAGUGGGAAUGAGGCCCUCCAACCCUCCUACUCCGUCUAGCACUCCGGUUUCACCACUGCAUCAUGUGUCCCCAAACUCGGCUCAGAAUCCUAAACCUGACCGGAUUUUUCCUGCCCAUCUGCCUCCAGCUCAGCCCAUUCCGGAUAACAGCUUCCCUAUGGAUCACAGAUUUCGUCGUCAGCUUUCGGAACCUUGCAAUUCGUUCCCUCCUUUGCCUGCAAUGCCAAGGGAAGGACGGCCAAUGUACCAACGACAGAUGUCUGAGCCAAACAUCCCUUUUCCACCACAAGGGUUUAAGCAGGAGUACCAUGAUCCAGUAUAUGAACACAAUGAUAUGAGUGGUGGUUCAGCCAAUCAAAACUUUCCCCCUCCUCUGAUGAUUAAACAAGAACCUAGAGAUUUUGCGUAUGACUCAGAAGUGCCUAGCUGCCAUUCCAUUUACAUGAGGCAAGAAGGCUUCCUGGCUCACCAAAAUAGGACAGAAGUUAAGUUUGUGUGCUGUAUGUAUGAAAAAGGACCGAGGCAGUUUUAUGAUGAUACGUGUGUUGUUCCGGAAAAGUUUGAUGGAGAUAUUAAACAGGAACCAGGAAUGUUCCGUGAUGGUCCAACAUAUCAGCGGCGGGGCUCCCUCCAGCUGUGGCAGUUUUUGGUAGCUCUUCUUGAUGAUCCAUCAAACUCUCACUUCAUUGCCUGGACUGGCCGAGGCAUGGAAUUCAAGCUCAUUGAACCUGAAGAGGUGGCACGUCGCUGGGGGAUUCAGAAAAACAGGCCAGCUAUGAAUUACGAUAAACUUAGCCGUUCACUUCGCUAUUACUAUGAAAAGGGUAUCAUGCAAAAGGUCGCUGGAGAGAGAUAUGUAUACAAGUUUGUUUGUGACCCAGAAGCCCUCUUCUCCAUGGCCUUUCCAGACAACCAGCGCCCCUUACUGAAGACUGACAUGGAGCGCCAUAUCAACGAAGAGGACACUGUGCCUCUGUCCCAUUUUGACGAGAGCAUGGUCUACAUGCAAGAGGGAGGCUGCUGUAAUACUCACCCUUAUAAUGAAGGAUAUGUGUAUUAACUGAAGUGACACUAAAGACACCCCCGUCACACACAUACACACACACCCUUCGAGCUUCUCCUCUUUCAUGAGACCAGGAGGAAAGCUAAAUCCCCUAUAGUUGGUUUUGUAAAAAAAGAAAAUAAACACAAAAAUUAAAAAGAAAGUACAGUAGUACUAUAAAGGGGCUUUUCCUGUUGCAUUACUCCUAUGGUCUGCCAUGGACAGUGCACUUUAUCUGAAUGGGGAAGAUUGGGAUUUAACAAUUUAUUCUGUGUAACAGGAGGGAAAGGGUGGGUCUGGGAUUUUUGGGUUUUUGCCUUUUUUCUCAUUGGGAAGGGAACAUACAGGUUUUAAGUACAAUGAAGCUGUAUCAUGUCUGGGUUUGUUUCAUAUGGCUUAAAAAUAUUGUACAUGCUCUCUGGAUAUCCAUAGUACAGUUAAUUCUAGAUAUGUUAAAUAACCAUUUGUAAGCUAUUGGGAGAAUUAUCUGUCAUGGACACUUUUUUUUUCUUUUGGUACACUAUAUUCCUUGUUUUAGAAGGAUAACCAAUGAUGUUGAAGGAUUCUAUAGAAGCUAGCACCUCAGAGCCUUUCUGUUCGUUUGCUUCUUUUGAGUAGCCUUCUUAAUUUUUAUUUGCCCUUACUUGGUUCUUUUGGGUGUCUAUAUGUGUUUAUGCUGCCUUGUGUUCUUUAAUGAGUCAUUAAGGAAGGCAUUCAACCGUUGACUGAAGAGCACAAUUCGUGACUUAAAACUGCAAAUUGCAGAAUUAUAGCUUAGCUUCUUGUAUCUGGUGCCAUCUUGCUAUGCAAGUACAGCACAUCUGAUCUUUUUAGACCUUUCAAGAUCUAUCUGAGUGUAGUAAUUACAUGUGCUGGACCAUUAUGGACAUCAUCUCAACAUUAAAUAUAGCAUUGUGAUCACAGAAGAGAAGACUUAAUAGGAUCCAUCCAUUUACCUUGAUACAUAAGUUAUUUAAUCAAUAGGAAUUAACUGUACUAGGUCACAUAUCUCAUUAUGCUGUUUAGACCACAGCAAGCACUCCUUGAGCAAAAUAUCCAAUACUCUAAAUAGGUACUUUAGUAAUUUUUAGACAUGGUACCCAUUAAUAUGCAUUUAAGCCUUUUACUGCUGUGUUAUGUUGAAAACAUAUAUACAUACUUAGAUAAUGCUAAUGCUUCUGCUGCUGUCUUUUUUCUGUAAUAUUCUCUUUGCUGAAUUUACUAUGCCCAUUUAUAAGCAAUGCUGUAACUACAGAUAGCAUUUCAGGACAAAAUAGAUGACUUGAACCAUUUAUUGCUUAGAAACAAAAUAGCUUAUGCCACAGCUGUGCUAUAAGCAGCUUUUAUGCGCAUUGAGAAAUGAACGGUAAGCUUCAGCUUGCUAAGAGGAGCUCUGUGGAAUCUUUUACAACUUUCAGUGGAGCAGAGACUUAUAUGAACCGUCAAAGAAUACAAUGAAGUUGCUGUAUGAUGUUGUAGUGCUGGCACUGAUGCUAUCAAUCAACUUUGUUUUAGACACUAAAUGUAAAUGUGAUCAGAUAUGGUUGGAAGAAAAUUUACAGGGGUCUGUUUGAUUUUUAAUGGUUUUUAUUUUUUUAAUUUUGAGAAGGGUAAUGUUGAAAACAAGACACACACCUUAUUCUACAUAUAUAAAAAAUAAAAGAGAAAAAAUGUUUUAAAUAUUUAUGAGCACCUUUUCUGAAACAUUGAGUUUCUUAGUCUGAAAAGGAAAGGGAAAAAAAUGAGGCUUGAGCUGUCCAGUGGUUAUUUUAAAAAGUGACUCAUAACUGUCUCCCCACUCCUACUCCAUUCCCACAUUUGUUCCCCAGUGCUAACUACUCUGGAAGAUGGGGGUAGGGAGUCAACUCCAUAAUCAUUAGACAGCAAAAUGAUGUUUCAUUGUAAAUGACUUGAUAUCAAAGAUGCCUUGAGGUGGUGAUUUACUUUGCACUCAGUGUCAGUCAAGAAAUCAGUAAAGCUAUAAAUGAUUUAUUAUGCAAUUCAUUUCAAACUAACAAAUGUUAGCCACUACAAACCACAGCUGUUGGAAAAAGCACACUGGGUAUGCAUUCUAAAACACCUAGAAGCAGAAAACAAACCUAUUAUGUGCACGCAUAUAAAUCCAGGGCAUGCUAUACCCCUCCACAGGCCCAAACGCAAAGACUUUCAUCUGAUUCCUAUACUCGUUUCACUGGUAUUGUGAUUGGCUGAUAUUGGGAACAAAAGACUAAUUCAAUUGGUAUAUACUAGUGGCUUUCUGAGUGUGUUCCAGAAAACUGUAGGGCUGCUUAGAAGCUUGCCAUGGGAUUGUCAAUGGGAAAUCAGUAAAAAAUGGUGACAUUUCCUUCAAGAAGACUUCAAAAAUCUUUGCAGUGCACGGCCACAACGUUCUCCUGUGCACACUCCAUUUUGCAUAGAGUGACUUCGAGGCUUGGUGUGUGAAUAGAAAGCACUGCCUGGAAAUUCCCUAUAGCCCACAGGGUUCUCAACAGUCAUUUUAAUGUGAAAGAGUUCCCUGAAGGCAAAAAAAUGUGAAAAACUCCAAGCUGAAAGGGGAGAAGAGCAUGAACACACACAUGAAGCUACCUUAUACUGAAUCAGACCUUUUGAUCAAUAUUGUCUACUCAGAUUGGCAAUGGCUCUCCAGGGUUUCAGGCAGAGGUCCUUCACACCACCUGCUGCCUGGUCAUUUUAGCUUGAGAUGCUGGGAUUGAACCUGGGACCUUCUGCUUGCCAAACCAAUGAAGUAUUGCCCCUCCCUAACCAUGGAGAGAGUCCUGAUCCACUUCACUGUUCUUUUCAUUAAAAUGGAUCUCAAAUGAGGGCCCCCACUUUAAUGGAAAUUUUGGUGACAGCUUUUGAUUUUGUCAACAUCAGGGCAGAGUGUUUCUUGUCCAGAACAGAUGUAUAUUUGAUUAAUUGUGUUGAGUGACUUGGUGGUGGGGAGGCUAACAUUGGUUCAAAUGUCUAAUGUUUUAUAUAUACAUAUAUAUAUUGUAUAAGGUAGUGAUUCACUGAACAAAAAUAAACAAUUCACCCACUAUUGAAUGAAUUCCCGGGAAAAAGUCAUAAAAAUUGUUUUAUGAAAUUGAUUAGCCCUUUUGAAACUGUAUGUUAAAGAGUUUAUUUCAAGUUCUGUUUUUAUUCCACAUUUUCCCAGGUAGAUUAAUAAAUCUGGCAGCUGAUUUCUGAAA